CCCUAAACACGUGCUGCCUUUUGUCUCUUUGUUCUUUUCGAGUGCCCCUCUUACGCUGAGCUAGAGUCUGCCGUCGCCAUGCCGGGGGUUCCGCUUGACGCCAUGGACCAGAUGAAGAAGGCCAUCAAGGGCAUCUUUAGAGGCAAGAAGUCUAAGAAGGAGGGGGCCAAGGCAGACGAGUCCAAGCCGGCAGCCAGCUCAGAGGCUGCCACCCCCUCCAGCGCCAACACCAAGCCCACCGAAACGACGCCCGCAGCACCCGCGCCUGCGGCUGAGCCUGCGAAGACAGAGACUGCCCCAGCCGAACUAGCUCAGCCUCCUGAGCCCGCUGCCGCUCCCGCCCUUGCUCCUGCUGCUGCUCCCGCUGCUGCUCCAGCUGAGAGCGAGACCGCCAAGGACGAAGCCGCUGCGUUGACUGAGGUCAAGAAGGCCACUCAGACACCAGAGCCCGCCGGCGCCGUCGCGCCCGUCCCCCCUACCGCUGCUGAAGCUCAGCCCGCAGCCGCAGAGACUAUAAAGGAGACCGAGGCCAAGCCCGCCGAUGCGCCUGCACCAGCUGCACCCUUGAAUCUACCAGAAAUCCCCAACAGCCAGCCUGCUGCUGGUAUGAGCGCUACCAGUGGUCCCAUGUUUGAUGAACCCAACUUUCAAGAGAAGUCCGCUCCCGCCGCCGCUGCCGCUGCCCCGACUGCUGCAGUCGCUGCACCUAGCGCCGAGCCCGCUGCUACUGCUACCCCAGUUAGCGAAGCUGAAAAGCCUGCCGCUCCUGCGCCUAGCUCUGAGCCCACUGCUCCUGCUGCCUCAGAAGAAAAGGCAGAUAAAUAAAUGCGAUACGAGUCGGCUGCGAGGGUGGAUUGGAUGGGUGGAGGCGCAGUUUGGGCAGGCGUUUGUUUUGCGGAAAUUGAUCAAUCAAUUUUGAAAAUAACCAAAAAAAAAUUGUUUUGAAUAUCCGCGGGAGAAGGGUAGCUGCGUUGGAGUUUGCUUGCCAGCAUUGUCUUUUUUCAAUUAAUACUA